CGUACACGCGCGCGCGCACGGAGCAUCCUCCCGUCAGGGCUCUGGUCCAGCCCCGCCCGCGCCUCCCGCUCCCCGCAAACCCUCUCCUUCUCUCCCGCUCCUCCCCCACAUCCCCUCCGGCUCCCGGACCCUCGGCGCCCGCGCCCUCCCCUCUCCCGGGAUGGAGCAGCUCGAGCCCGCCCGCAGCCCCCCGCGACCGGGGUGACGGCCCCCCGCCCCUCCCCGCCUGGCCCGCACCCCGAGCACCAUGGGCCUGAGGGGCUCCCGCGGCGCCGGACGCUGAAGAUGAUUGAUGCUGGAGCUCUCUUGAGUCAUGGCUUCUUCAAAGCUACGAGAACCUGCGGAUGAGGUUUUUGACCUGGACUUGGCUGUGCCAGAGACCGUCAGACUGGACAGCAGUUUACACAAGGCCCGAGCCCAACUACUGGCCAAGGGCCGGAGACACCGGCCCUCCCGCUCCAGGCUUCGGGACAGCGCCAGCUCUGCAGAGGAUGGUGAAGGCUCCGACGGGCCCGGAGGCAAGGUGACCGACGGCUGCGGGAGCCCCCUGCACCGGCUGCGCUCGCCUCUGCACUCGGGCCCGGGGUCCCCGGCCGGGGGCUCUUUCUGCCUGGAGCCUCCGGGGUUACGGCGCAGUCUGGACGAAGACGAGCCCCCGCCCUCGCCGCUCACACGCUACCGGCCCCUGCACAACGCCGCCUCGCACGAGGGCCUGGCCGCCGCGUCCUGCUCGCCGCCGCGCUCCGCGCCCUCCUCGGACAGCUCGCCCAGCUUCGUGCGCCGCCAUCCGCGCGCUGAGCCCCACAGCGAAGAUGACAGCCGGGAUGCCAGCCCGCCUGAGCCUGCCAGCCCCACCAUCGGCCUGGAUAAGAAGACUCGCCGAAAAUUCCUGGACCUGGGGGUCACCUUACGCCGAGCAUCCACUAGCAAGAGCCGGAAGGACAAGGGCAGCAACCGCUUGUCCAUGGGCAGCAGGGAGUCAGUGGAGGGGUCCGGCAGGUCAGGGGGCUCCCCGUUCCUGCCCUUUUCCUGGUUCACAGACAGCGGCAAGGGCUCGGCGUCCUCUGGCAGCACCACCUCGCCCGCCUGCUCCCCUAAACACGAGGGCUUCAGCCCUAAGAAGUCAGCUUCUCAGGAAUCCACCCUGAGUGAUGACUCCACACCCCCUAGCAGCAGCCCCAAGAUCCCAAGUGGGCCCCGGCAGGAGACCAAAUGCUCCUACCCCUACCACACGCUGUCCCAGUCUUCGGAUGAGUUCCUGGAUGAACCUCUCCCCACUGUCCACCACUGGACCAGCCAGCAGGUGGGCCAGUGGCUGCACAGCCUCAACCUGGAGCAGUAUGCCGCCGAGUUCGCUGCGCGGCAGGUGGAUGGGCCCCAGCUCCUGCAGCUGGAUGGAAGCAAACUGAAGAGCCUGGGGCUCAGCAACUCGCAUGACCGGACGCUAGUGAAGCGGAAGGUAAAGGAGCUGGCAGCAGCCGCUGAGAAGGAGCGCAAGGCCCAGGAGAAAGCCGCACGGCAGCGUGAGAAGCUCCGGCGCAGGGAGCAGGAGGCCAAGAAGAGCUAGGGGAUGGCGGGGGGGCAGGCACUGGCACCCAGGCGCUGGUGGCCGCCGGGCUCGGUGGGCACAGGCCUCAGUGGGCAGGCGGGGCCUGGGCGCCAAGCUUGGGCUGGCCCGGCCCCACACUCUCGGGGGGUACAUGCCCUCUCUCACCCUGUCACUGUCUGGACCCAGAUCCCCCAGAAAAGGAGACCCCAGGAGAAGGCCCAGGAAUAAAUCCAGUUUUAAGGACUUGUUUGGCACA